AAUGUCUAGUGGCAAGGGAUUCUUUGCUUGGUGGUGUGCUGUGCCUUUUCCCUUUUUGCUGUGUGCGUAUAUCCCUGAAGAAACCUUUAUUAUAGCUCGGAAAACUCUGUAGUCAUGUUAACACUAAAAAAAAAGAUGUUGACCUUCUUGGUUCCGGCCUUGUUUGCUCUCUUUCAGUCGGUGAGUGCUCAAACUGUAAACUUGGGGAUCUUCACUAGCGGAGGUAGUCAUGGAAUUAAGACAGGAAACGUCUUACUUAAAGAUGAUAAGACAUUGAUUGUAAACGGGUUCCACUAUGAUGGCCGUGCACCUAAAUUAAGUUGGAUUCUUAGUAAUUCCGAGAAAGUCAAAAAUUUAAAUUCAAGUGAAACACUUUCGGGAGAAGAAUAUGUCAUUAUACAAACCGAAAAAGGUAGUCAGACUAUUUUGGAUGCUUACACUAAUGCAACUAUAACUUUAAAGAGUAAAAGUGACAAGUUCACAAGCUAUAAGUAUUUGGCAUUAUAUUGCUUUGGAGUUACGCAAACCUUGGCGUACCUUAACCUCAAGGCGGAGGGUAACAAUAAAGCGAAUAAUGAAAAGUUUCCGUCUGACGGAGUUGGUGAAGCGAAAAGUAAAGACUUGGGGAUCUUCACUAGCGGAGGUAGUCAUGGAAUUAAGACAGGAAACGUCCUACUUAAAGAUGAUAAGACAUUGAUUGUAAACGGGUUCCACUAUGAUGGCCGUGCACCUAAAUUAAGUUGGAUUCUUAGUAAUUCCGAGAAAGUCAAAAAUUUAAAUUCAAGUGAAACACUUUCGGAAGAGGAAUAUGUCAUUAUACAAACCGAAAAAGGUGGUCAGACUAUUAUGGAUGCUUACGCUAAUGCAACUAUAACUUUGGAAAGUAAAAGUGUUAAUUUCACCAGCUAUAAGUACUUGGCAUUACACUGCUUCCAAGCUAAGAAAACCUUUGCGUACCUUAACCUCAAGGCGGAGGCUAGCAGUAAGCUUCGGUCAAACGGGCUGGCGACAGCGACUUGGUGUGCAACCCUGUUUGUACCCUUGGUUGGGAUCGUUCUUGCCAUUUUUUAGGCAUGGCGUUUUACUUUUAAUAAAAGAAGGUUUCUAGUACAAUAAGUUCAAUUUUUUAAUAAUAAAGUGAAAAGCUAA